AUGCGGUUUCGCUUCCGCCUUCGCGACCCACCUAGCGAUGUCGCCUUCCUCUCCCUCGUCGACGGUGAGGCUCUGUACAACGCCGACGGUACUAGCGCGAGGGAUGUGAAGGAGGCGACAAUUCGCCAGAUGGGCUGGCACCGCGUUGAGUUGCCGCAGGAUUGGUUUCUUUCAUGCCAGGCACUCGACAACGCCAGACACCUUAUCGAGGCGAUGCAAUGCACCAUGCAGUACCUGAGGUACUGCUGCAAAAACGAAGAGAGGCGCGCACAAAAGGCGACGGCGCAGCUUCGGCGGUAUGAGGAGGAGAGUGCUUCGGCCUUCGAGGAGCUCAUAGAGCUGCGGGAUUGUGUGGCAGUGUAUAAGCAGCAGCUGCGUGAGCUCCGACAGGAGCGGCAGCGUGCGAGGUCACCUCCAUCGCACGUACCUCUUGCCAGGGCGGGACGGGGGAAUCAUUCACGGGGAACUGUGGACACGGUGUGUCAACUAGGCUGCCGUUUCUGCGGAAAUGUGUACCCAAGUCCGAACGCACUCGAAUCGCACAUCCGGAAGCGUCACAAGAGAUCAGAAGGGUAUGCUACCAUGGCCGGCGGCUCCGCUGCUGUGUCUCUGAAGCAGCCCAAGCAUCUGAAGCAGUUCGACGCGACAACCCAAGUGCCCACUUCUUCGCGCCAGACGGUCUCUGGUGGUCUUUUCGUGGACCAUGCGCCCACAAUACUGCAGGAGGCCGCUGACAGCUGUGGCGAUCGCGACUUGCGAAGGGAGAUCAGUGAACUACGGCUGGCGGUGGCAACACUCAUGGAGCAGCAAGCAGCCUUGCAGCGCGGCAUGCCAGCGUCCUGCGUGGCCGUGGCACCGCAGCAGUCAGCGGGGGAGGCAGUCGCAGCAGGAGAGGCGGUGGCAAGCACCGGUCCCCUUCCUGGCCUCCGACAGUGUGGGAGUAGAUUGGGCGAAGAGGAUAUCCUGCUUCGUAUUCACCAAGAGCUGUUGCGCACCGGCGCAGAACUCCAGCAGUUGCAGAGCGCCGUCGGCAGUGAGAGCGCGCAGCGUGGACGGAGCGCGGCUGAUGAUGGCAGCUCCUGCAACUUGAGAUACGACUUACCCCAAAAGCAGGCGCGACAGGAACAUUGUGAUCCCGUGGCGGUGCCACGCGACAAGCGAGGUGCCCUCACACUGAACCCGCAGAGCAUUCCGCACUGCCCUUCACGCACCGAAGGCAGCGACGGCGGCGAGGCGGCACGGCGACGAGGAAGCGUAGGUGAAAGCCUCGUCACUGUGUCCCCUAUCACGCCCCCGGCAGCGGGAAGGGCACAGGCGCAGCACGCACUCACGAAUCGAGAGGGCACAACUGCCGCACCCAAGCAGAAAAGCAUGGAUGAGAUGCCGCCCAUGGCGUCAGGCAGUCCGUGCGGCACCCUCAGCGACCCUAGCGCCUCUCUUGAAACUAAACCACCAGCCGGUGCUAAGGGAAAGAUGUCGCCCUCUCCCUCGUCCGCACUGGGCCUUCCCUUUGGCGGCAGCAGCGUCGAUGGCGCUGGUGCAGCGCGCAGCCACAACUUUCUCACGCCACAGUCGGCUCCCUACGGACCUCCUAGGGAGUUCAGCGGGAUCACCGGUGAUCGCUGCCCCGGCGGUCUCGGUGCUACAACCCGUGGGGGCGACGGCGAGCAGACGGGCUCGCAGGGACCGGGGACGACCCAACUGGUGCAGCCGAGUUCUGCCUCCCAGGGUUACUUACCGUGGAUGCGGCCCGGGUCGGCAACGGCGCUCUAUGGCAGUGCAGAUCCUGGGUCGGCGAACCGCUACAGCUCUGCACCGAUUGACAAGGCGACGUCAUGGACGAGUGGCUGCCUCCUUCCAGCUGCGGAGCAGAAGGUGCCGGCGCAGCGCAACGUGCUUCCGACUUUUACGACAGGAGACGCGACGCCAUCGCCUAGCUUCGCCGCAGCCGAGGUGAUGACGAACUCGAAGGCUGAACUGAUCCCCGCUACGUCGGCCGGUGCACCGCACCGUCGUGGCUUCUUGGAGAGUAACGAGGCUGCAUUGCCCUGGGAGGCGGGCCGGUGGUCGAGCGGCGCCACGCAGGGUGAGCAAGUUGGGGUAGGUACCGUACAUGUGGUGUCGAGCCAGCAUAAAGUGGCCCGGGAUGAGGACCGGGCCCGUACCCAGUUACCGUUUUGCGAGCGGACGCAGCGAGGGACCCGCGUCGCACCAAUGCCAGUGCCGAACGUUCCUGACAAUGUACCUUUCCCUGGCAGUGCAGUGGCCGGCGCUGAGCAGCCGCAGUGCUCGGCCUCUCCCUUAAUCGGUCCCUCGACACAGCGCUCUCCUGCAGCGGUGUCCGGCGCCGGGGUGGCGAAGAGCAGCGGCGGUGGCGAUCUGAGGGAGAGUCUUACGAGCCGACCGCACGCCCCCAUCGCGCGGGCCCAGCAUUCGUUGGCGGCCACUGUCCAGGCCGAGUACUCCUCUACAUCAAAAGUAAUCCCGGUUGUGCACCUUGUGCCGCAAGCACCGUCCGAGGUGGGUGACGGAUCGCUGCAGAAUCCACAAAGGCGAAAAGAAGAGCAUACAAGGGGUGAAAAGCCGUCCUCCCCUGCGGUCUUGCGGCAGACAAUGCUAGGGCUGGAUGAGAGCCGUCAGCACAGCACGGCAUCCCAACAACAGCUGCGUCGUAGUGGCGACGAGGACAGUAGCGAAAGCAAGGGUAGCACUGAGGAUGCCGACUCUUACUCGGUCGAGGUGCCGCCACUCGAGGGCUCAGAGCAGGGUGACGCUGGCAAUGGGCCCGUUAGCGUUCCACUGGACGCCACAGGGGAGGAAAGGAGCAAUGCGAACGAGGAUUGCUUUGGCCACCUUGUCAUGGAGGAUGUGUCGAGCGAUAAGCUCGCUGAUCCCACCCUUUACGCGGCAGAUGCGGCAUACGCGACGCGGCUACCCGAUUUCCGCGCCAGAGAUGAUGAUAUAGAAGAGGAUGCCUCCCGCCUCAUGAGUUACAACCUCCUCAAACCGACGGACGGUGGCGAACGCACACCCAGUCAGGCAGACCCGCCCACUGCCGAAUCGACACCUACCGAUUGGUCCUACUACACAUAUUCGUAUUCGUACUCGGACGGGGAGGACGAGGAGGACGAGGCGGGGACUGCUCAAGAGGGUAUCCCCGUUAAGUUGCGCAUAGACGACGGCGGGCAAGAAACGCAGCAAGCAUCCGCCAUCCACGAUACUGCUGCCGCGAGUUUUCCAGAGGCCGCUUCUCACGCGGGCGUGACCCCUAUGGCGUACACUGUUGCGGCGCGGACAUCUGGGGAAGUGGCUGCGCAGCGCGAGGACGUCGGUAAGGCAGGCGCAGAAAAGCUAAAGAAGUCACGCCAGGGCGUUAAAGGCGAGACGAGGCUAUCGGCAGACCAGCAAGGUGCGCCGAACCCGCAACAGCAACCACCUGCACGAGUGGGCCGCGGUGGGAAACCGGCUACCGAUGAGUCUGCCAUCGUGCCGCGGCACCACUCUUCGCAACUGUCGGACACCGUACCGCAACAAGUGGGGAAAAAGGGGAAGGGCUUCCUGGCAAAGCUAUUUUCCAAGAAGAGCAUAUGA